AUGCGCUGCUCUCUCCGUGGAUGUGUCCAAGGACGUGGCGGUAAGAGUGGAGUCAGUCUAAGUAAAUUCUCCCCAAAGAAGAUGUCUUUCUUCUUCAUCUUCAUGGUCAUCUUUUGUAUACAGUCUCUAGUUGCUUUGCUGCAAAAUGGCUUCUUGGCCACUGUGCUGGGCAGGGAAUGGGUACGAAGCCAGGGACUCCCUGCAGGUGACAUGAUUGUGGCUUGCCUAGCUGCCUCCAGGUUCUGCCUGCAUGGAGUAGCCAUCGUAAACAACUUCCUGACCUUUGUUAAGCUAUGGAGCCAAAAGAUCUAUUUUUCUGUCCUCUGGGACUUCGUCAACACUGUCAAUUUCUGGUGUACCACCUGGCUUGCCAUCUUCUACUGCGUAAAGAUCUCUUCGUUCUCCCACCCCAUCUUCUUCUGGAUAAAAUGGAGAAUUUCUCGGUCUGUGCCCAGGUUACUGCUGGGAUCCCUGGUCAUUGGUGGACUGUCGGCCGUCUCCUCCGCCACUGGAAACACAAUCGCCUUUCAGAUGACCGCCUGUGAGAACUACACGCUUGCUUAUAGAACGAGAGCCUUCUACGCGUAUUAUUUUCGCUGUCAUGCAAUGCUGAUGUGGAUCAUCCCGUUCUUCCUCUUCCUGCUGUCCGUUAUCUUGCUCAUGUUCUCACUCUACCGGCAUCUGGAACACAUGAGGUACCGCAGACCCUGGUCUCACGAUUACAGCACCCAGGCCCACACUAUGGCUCUGAAGUCGCUGGCCUUCUUCCUCGUCUUCUAUACAUCGUAUGUCCUGUUCCUUGUGAUAUCUGUUACACGAGUCGUGAAUGUCCACAGUUCCUGGCACUGGGCCUGGGAAGUGAUAACCUACAUGGGCAUCCUACUGCAUUCCACCAUUCUGACACUAAGCAACCCCAAGAUGAGAAAGGCCCUCAAGAUAAAGUUCCCAGACCUUUGUGUUGCCAGAUCACAAGACAAGAGGCGUGGUUAA